AUGAAGGAAGUAGUGAGAGUUGAAAUUUUGAAGCUCGUCAAUGUUGGAAUUAUUUAUGCUAUUUCAGACAGCUCAUGGGCCUUUAAUGCAAUUGAGAAAUUGGUUUUAGCACCAGUUAUGAUUGUACCCGAUUGGAGUCAACCUUUUGAAGUCAUGUGUCAUGCAUGUGACUUUGAAAUUGGAGCAGUGAUAGUGUUCAUUGAUCAUGCAACACUUCAUUAUUUGUUUGGUAAGAAGGAUGCUGACCGUACGCUGAUUCGUUGGAUCCUACUUCUUCAAAAGUUUGAUUUGGAGGUUCAAGAUAAGAAAGGAAGUAAAAAUUCAGUUGCUGAUCACUUCUCUCGGUUGGAGCAAGAGGAAGUAAGACUAGAUUCAGUGAUCCAAGAAGCAUUCCCUGAUGAACAGUUGUUUGCAUGUGAGAUCAAGCUUCCUUGGUAUGCUGAUAUUGUAAACUACCUAGCUUGUAAAGUAUUGCCACCAGAUCUUACUUAUCACCAACCAGUUGAUUAUGUGCUAAAAUGGGUGGAAGCAAUUGCUGCAACAACAAACAAUGUAAAGGUAGUGCUCAAAUUUCUACAUAAGAAUAUAUUCACAAGAUUUGGCACUCCUCGAGCUAUUAUUAGUGACGAAGGGACCCACUUUUGCAACAAGUUGUUUGACAACCUUCUUUCUAAGUAUGGUGUGAAGCACAAGAUAGCACUUGCGUACCAUCCUUAA